GUCGUCUUCCCAUUUCGUCAUCAAUCGUCAAGCAUUCGCCAGAGUUGUUAGUGAGCUCCAAUGACUUUUUUAAAUAAUACAAGUAAAAAUGGAUAAUAAUAAUAUGUUAAAGUUAUGUAGACUGUGUUUAGUUAAGGACGAUGUUAAUAUACCAAUUUUUGAGGAACAAGGUGAUAUUAGGCAAAUUUUCUUGAAAAUUAGUUCGUGUCUACCGGUGAAGGUAUCCCGGGAUGACCAAUUGCCUAAAAAAAUAUGUGAUGGAUGUUCCUAUAAGUUAGAUAUGUUAUAUGAAUUCUGGAAUACAAGUGCUAAUGCAGAAAAACAAUUAUUAACAUGGUUAGGGGAGGCUGGAAUGUCAUCACAAAUGGCGGAUGGUACAAUAUCAGCUGUGGCUCAACAAAUCAAACCUGCUGAUGCAUUUGUCAAACAAGAAACAAUAGAUCCUCCUGACAUUCACAUGGAUGAUGAUGAUGACGAUGAUGAAGAGGAUAAAGACUAUAUGAAACAGGAGGAUAAUUCAAAUAACGUUGAAGAGCCUCCUCCAAAAAGAGCGCGGCGAACGGCUGCCGUCAAAGCUGCUAUAGCACUAGACCAGAACAGUGACGAUGAUGACGAUUCAGGAGAGCCAAUGACCAAGGUAGAAGAUGACAGUGAAGAUAGUGAUAACGAAGAUCACGAACCUGCAUUCGUUGAUGUACCUUCAACGAGUGCAGAUGAUCAACCUGGUCCUUCAGGUGUAGGCAAAGAUGGAGUAGAAGCACCGUAUUUCGACUCUGGUAUUUUGAAAACAUUACUUUACGGCCCAGGUCUCACUAUAACGCCUAUAAAACAAGAACCCAUGGAUAAUUUUCCGCAGAUGAACGACAGCAAUUUGAAUAAUUUCAAUGGUUUCAAUGAAACUUUGAAUUUUCCUAAUCCUCUUGAUUUGCCACAAGAUCUAAGUCGGUCAGAAGGACCAAACCUACCCAAAGAUAAUAAUAUUUCGAACGAAAAUAUUUUGAAUUGCUUGAAAAAGAAACAGAAGAGAAAAUCGAAAGCUGUAGAUAAAGUUCAACCUCCUCCUUUAGACGAACCAGUUCACUGCGAUAUAUGCGACGUCACUUACAAAAAUAACGUCGAGUUUGCUCUUCAUACCGACAAACAUAACGAAGACGGAAAAUUUGCUUGCCAUCUCUGCGAGUUUAAGAAUUCUUCAAAGUACCAUAUAGAAAUGCACAUAAGGGCACACGAAGGUACUACGAAAUAUAAAUGCGAAGUUUGUGACAAAGCCUUUACCGUCAGCACCCACGCCAUAGAACACAAAUACUACCAUACCGGCGAAAAACCUUUCGAAUGCGAUAUAUGCGGGAAGCAUUUUAUGUUUUCAUGGUUUUUAACAUCACAUAGACGUACUCAACAUUGGGAAGUAGUUACAGGUAGCCCUCUAGUUAAAUACGAUUGCACGCUCUGUAAUAAACAUUAUACAUCUUCAACUGGUUUAAAAAGGCAUAAUCUCAGCAAACAUAAUUCCGGCAUAGAUCCUUCAGUACUUUGCGAUAUAUGUGGAAAAAGGCUCUCCAGUAAGGAGAAGCUCAAAUUUCAUAGAAGAACUCAUACUGGUUAUAAACCUUUUUCUUGUGAAAUUUGUACUAAGAGUUUUUCUCGGAAGGAACAGCUUAAAGAACACGAGAGGGUACACACUGGAGAGAAACCUUAUAAAUGCCAGUAUUGCGGUAAAGGUUUCACCCAAAGGUCUCCAUUGAGAAUUCACGAAAGAACUCAUACGGGAGAAAGACCUUACAUAUGCAAAAUAUGUAAUAAAGGCUUCAUUUCUAAAGGAGUAAUGGAUACACAUAUGAAAACGUGUGCAGGAGCAAAUGUAGAUUAUUAAAAAUUUCAAUAUUCUCCAAAAAAAAAAACAAAUAUUAUUAAUAUUUUUUCAGUUGAAUAGACAAGAAGUUAUUCGUUAAAAAUGUCCUAUUCUAGAGAAAUGGUAGAGAAAUAUUUUUAAUGUACUUAUACAUUCGCUCUAUAACUUUGUUCGUUUCUAAAAGGUGGUUAAGAAAGAGCGAAGAAGAAAUGCUUAUCUUCUUGGAAGAAAUACAAACUUUAAUCAUCUUUUGAAAAUUUUAUUUCGUUGGCAAUUCCUCACUGAAACUAAAACACACAACGUUUCAUUACAGAUUUCAACAAACGUUUCAUUAUUUGUUAAAAUUAAUAGUAGAUUGUACAAUAAGUGAGAAAAAGUAGAUAUUUCUCACGAGUAAGUGAGAAAAAUGCCAUUUUUUCACGUGUCGUACACUGUACUUUUUAUAUUUUCAAAAUAAAGUUAAUAAUUGAAAUGCAAUAAUACACACAACAUGAAAUGAUUCUUAUAUUUCAUUGAAAAUUGUCAUUAAAAGUUAUAUUCGAACAAUUUUUGGAAGGAAUUUCUGGUAAUUGGAAUAUUCGUUGGGUUCCAAGUUGAUGGGGACAAAUAUUGAGCUUUUGCAGCAUUUUUGUAUUCAGAUUCUAGUGAGGGAGGCAUAAUGCCGAACUGAUUCUACUUAUACAACUUCGUCUCGAGUCUUCAAGUUUUUAAAUGCGAUUAAUAUUUAAAGCAACUUACAAUCUGUAUUUUCAAUGUACCUAGUAAAAACUAAACCUCGUUUAGAAUAUUUUUAUCAUUUUCCAUUUCAAAAUUUAAUACUGCGUCGUGUGCUAAGAAACUGUCACCCUAGAGGGCAUAACCAACGCUCUAAGUGUAUCUGAUCUCGUGGCAGAGAUACAGGGUGUUUCCAAAUUCAUGCGACAAAAUUUAGGAGGUGAUUGAUAGUAUGAAACUAAGAUGGAUCUUUCCUACAACAAAUUUUCGUUAGUCCAUCCCAUUCCGAGGUAACACCCUUAAAAAAUGGUGACUAAAAUUGAUUUUUUAUUUUUUUUUUCUAAAAUUUCAGUAAAGCUAGAAACUUGAAUUUAGAAAUAUAUAUUUUUUAUUAAUAAACUUUAUCCCAAAACAAAUAUCUUCACAGAAACAAAAUUGCCAACAUUAUUUAAAAUUUUUCUAAUAAAUUGAGUGGAAAUUUACUUCUAAACGAGUGCAUUAUUACAAAAUUUCAAGUUUCUUUAUUUCAGAAAUAGAAAAAUGAAAAUUCAAUUUUAAUCACCACCUUUUAGAGGUGAUAUUUCGUAAAUGGAUGGGCUGAAUCAAUCAUUUCCAAAAUUUUGUCGCAUAAAUUUAGUAUUUGUGUUUGUUCUUGUAUUUUUGAUUGAUUAUUUUUUCCGCACGGGCUCGAAUUGCUACGAGGUCGAGCUUUAUUUAGAGUUUCUGAAUAUCUGAAUGUUGCAUUUUAUAUCAAACAGAAAUUAUCAAAUAUGACUAUUUAUCCUGAAUUUGAUAAUGAAAAAUAUUGUCCAUUUGUAUAAAUCCUUCGAGAACACACUAUAUUCUGAAUUAAACAUUCGAUUCAAAUAUUGCGUUAGGUCAUUUGUUUGUUUUUUUUUAUUUUUAGAUAAUUAGGUCAUUUUUCAAAAUAUGAUAUUUCAGAUAGGAUGUUAAGUUUGAGAAUAUUAAUGAUAUUUGUUGUAUAUUAUAUAUAGUAUGUCGAAAAUGUAUUUGAUAAUAUUGAAAUAUUAUGCUGUAAUGUAAAAAUAAAUCUGCAUACCCUCAGUUCGAAUCUUAAUCUAUUUUCUUUAUUAUCAAUAAUUGUAUGCUUUUGGUGAAGAAGAAGAAUAAAAUUGUAGGCUGUGGAUACAGCGAAUAUCAACUUUAUUUCUGAAAUUCUGACCACAUUUUUGUAUAUCAAUUGUGGUUUACGCUUAUCACUCACCAUGGGGUUCGCGUGUCUCGCAAGUCACUAUUAACCAUAAAUUCAAAAUUCAUUUCAUAAAUUGAAGUGUAAUACUGAAUACACUGUUUACACUACCACUACACCAAAACAAUUACACUGUCCGACGCGCGUUUCGAUAACCAAGUUAUCGUCUUCAGAGACUGAAGUUGUUUACCUUCGGUCUCCGAAGACAGUAAUUUGUCUUUCAAUAUCAUACUGAAUUGUGAUGGGACAUAUCCAUUUCUAUUCUAAAACACAGUUCACAUGAUUUACUGAGCAGUAACUGUUUGUUGGAAUCCUAUUUUCAGCCAAUUCAUCGGUAAGGUAGGUAGGCUCAUGGUAUCUCAAUAUCUACGUCCUCGAAUGAACUUAAAAUCAGUUCACCAUGGAUGUAGUAAUUAAACAUGCUAUCAUUGUUUUUCUGAUGAAAAUUUGUUGAGAAUCUUGGUCUUGUUAGUGCCAAUAUAAAUUGGAAAUAUCCAAUUUGUGCGUAAUACCUUGAUUUGUUUUUACUUUACAAGCAUAAAUGUAAGUUAAUGUAUUAGAUUGUUCGGACAGGAACUAGUCAUUAUAUUUAACUAAACUAGAAAUGUUAGUUACUAGCUUACGUAUUUAGAAGUUAGUUCGAAUAUAAUGGAUUGUAUUUAUUUUGAAAUUGCCCCAACUAAUCUAAAAAAAUAUGAUCCAUUAAAAUAAUCUAGACAAUUAGCAUAUUAAAAAUGAAUCGAACUUGAUCUCUUGAGUUUAUUGAAUUCAAUUUAUUUGAAUGGUAAAAAAUGGACAAACGAAUAAUGUUAGGCUUUAUCAUCACAACAGUUUUGUAUAAGUAAUAGUUUGAAUAAUUUAAAUGAAUCCAUUAAUUUAUAUUUUUAAAAUUGGAUUAUCCAAGUUGGCUUAAUUAUCUCAGUCUCUUAAUCACCUAGUAUACAAGGUAUGUUCUGAAAUUUUCGUGCGCUUCCAGGAGAGCCUGGACCGGAAUGCUAUUGAACUUGGUAUGUUGGACCGCCUCUGUCGAGCCUCGAUGCUUCCCUUCAGUGCUGAUAUUAUUCUCGGGAAUAGAAAAAAGUCUGGGUACCAAGAAGAUCCAAUUUCGCGCACACUUCCCUCACACCUAAUUUUUCUGCCACGACCUCAAAGUUUUGAGGGAUGUUCAAUAUAUCAGCAAUCGUUCUAAUACUCAUCCUACAAUGAGAUAAAUUUCUUACUCGCGACAUAUUUUCCUUGGUCUUCCUGGUCGAAGGUGAUCCAGAGCACCCUUCCUCUACCUUAUCGGAACGGUUUGCGCCACUCAAAACCCAAUCUAGUCAUAGCAGCAUCACAAUAGGCUUCCUUAAUCAUGUCGUGUGCCUCUUUGACGGUUUCAUUAAGCUUUAGACAAAAUUUAAUCGCUAAUUCUGCUACUCCAAUCGUGCGCGCACAGACCGCCUCUCAACCUCACGUUCUCUCAGGAAAAACCAGUUCUACUACUUUCUGAACAGACCCCGUAUGUAUACUACACGUGCUAGAAUUGAGCUUUACUUAAGUUAUUAAAUGGACAAUAACGUUUUAUUUCCAUAAAUAUAGAGGCGCAGUUGCCAGAUUGUUUAAGCUAAUCAAAGAAAGAUAUUGAAGAUAUUCACACUUGCAUUUAUCGAUCUUGACACUUCGAGUUUUCAUAUUUCUUCCUUAUUUCCACUUUAACUUAUGAGAAUGUUCUCUGAUGUUCUCUUCUUAUGUAUAGUAUAAAAAAUGUCGAUGUAGCUACUUUAUUUAGAAAAUUACACAAGAACAAGAGAAAAAGAUUUUUUGCUUACGAAUGAAUCCAAACAAUUUUGCGACUUAUCGACGUUCACACGUGCGCAACACCUGAUUAUGUAGACAUUUUUUUCAUGUCAACGUUUCAAUUAUUUGAUUACAUCUCAUUCAAAGCAAGCAGAACUAGCUCCAACUCCCCAAGUGAGGGUAUUCUUGUUCCCACGAUGUACCUUAUAUCCAUUCUUAUCAACUGUACUACUGUUGGAGCAGUCAUAAGGACUUAAAUGAACUUAAGCCUAAUGUAUCAAUUAAAGUUAUUUAAGUAGUUAGGGGCAUAUGUUGACUUACGACCUUAACACCAAGAAGGAAGUUAAAAACUUGAUUCAUGGCUAUAAUAAUUGAUACAGCUGAUUUUCCAAGUUCCACUUAAGACCUGAUUUGCAAGAUAAUAAAAAUAAAGAGAAUUGUGAGAAACAACUAAUCAGAUAAUUGAAUUUUAUUAUUCCAACAUCCUCAGAGUAUCGUAAAUAGUAUUUUCGUUUAAUAUUUGCUUAUGUUUUAUCUGAUUCAUAUUCGAAUUUUAAAAAUACAAAUUAAGAUUCACGUAGUUCCAUAGAUAUAGAGCUUAAGUUUCCAAAAGACUGCGCUUGCGAAUAGGAUUCUAGUUAUAUUAUUUUAUAAAGCCACAAAUUUCAUUUCUAACUAAACUAUUCACAUUUAGACCCAUUAAAAGUAAAAAUACUAUUAAACCUAGUUUUAGAAUUGAAAAUAAAUAUUGAAACAUGGAUAAAACAAACAUUCUAUGCUCACUGAUAUUAGAGGUGGUCCACUAACUAAGUUCGAAGUAACAGCCAACAGUCUCCUUAUACUUCACUUAGUUGCAAUUCAAAUUGGGUGACCCAUGGAGGUGGCUGAGGAUUUUAAUUAUGUUUAGACAGAUGCCUUUUAAAUAAUGAAUAUGAUGAUUCCAGUUGAGUUGAGAAUCGAAAGUCGUAUCCAGGAUUUUGCACUAAUUCACAAUAGUAUCAACAUGGAUUUGUUUGGGGAAAAUGAUAUUCCUAGAUAGGGGGUUCUCUCUUUGUAGAAGGUUUUUUGUUAUUGGCAUGUAGAGGGAACGUAUUUACCACGGUGAAGCUGUAGAACUUAGUACUGAUCCUUGAGAAAUGCCAGUGAUUGGGGAAGGUUUACAAUUUGCGGAAACCCUAAAAGCUCGUUCAUAGUGAACGUUUAAAAGAAACAAGUUUUCACAAAUAUGGAAAUCAUCCGUCAAGGCUGUUAUGUUUUGAUGUGCCAACAAUACACAGAAUCACUUUGGUAUUGAAGUAGCGUCGGAGAAGACUGUUUACAAUUAGUUUGCAGAAUUUUCAUGUCAUGGUCGAUGAAUGUCGAGAAGUUUAGCCAAAAUUGGUUGUCAUUCCGAGAAACAUCGAUGAUAACCGCAACAUAUUUAAAAUAGAUCGGCAUGUAACUUACAGACAGAUAAAGGCGUCUCUUAGAUUAUAUGUUCCAGAUGGAUUUUUAUCGCCUCAAGAAGCUGUUGAAGACAUCCAAAACCAUAUUCACGCGACAUUAGUUUCAGAGUGGAAAGAAUGUCACCAGAAUUGGGGAUGUCUCAACCCCUGUAGAUUGUUGCAAUAACUAACUUUCUUCGUAAUAACUGUUCGGUUCAUUAUAAUAAUAUGAAAUAAAUAAUUUGGUAUGACAAAACAUUGUUAUAUAUUGCCAGUGGAAACUAUUCGUUCUGGGUGUAAAACUACUAAUAUCAGUGAGUUAUAGCUAUUGCAAUAGAUGUUCUACCACAAAAAAUAUGUGUUCCAUCACUUGUAAAAUGUAGUUUUUAAGUUUUUUCUCCUAUAAUUAUAAUAUAAAGUUACGAACCUACCAUCUAUAUUCUUGUCUGAAACUAAUCUUAUAAUUUAUUUGUUUUCUAUAAUUUCUAAAAUACUCCUCGCUGUAUUUUUAGAAAAAGAGAAAUAAAGGAUUUCGUAUUUAGUUUUUAUUAUUUAUUUUAUGUCAUUUCGUGAUUGUGAUUGUUUAUUUUCAUUGUUAUAUAUUUGUAUUAAUAGCUAAUAAAAUGUGUUACCAAUUACAGCCUAUUUUUUGUAAGGCUUCUUAGAAUAAGUACUUGUAUUUAUGUAUUUAUCUAAAAAUAUGUAGAAAAAAUAAACGUAAUCGAGUCAUAACCACAAAAUACCACAAAUUCCAUACAAAAAGAUAUAUUUAUACGAAUCAAUUGAAUAUUACCAAGAAGAAAAUCUUCUACUUUGAAUUUUUGUAUCUCGGCUCUUAUUUUAUUUCAGUUGAUGGAAUUUUUUUGUAAUAGUAGUAAUUAUAGCCCCUCAUAAACUAGUAUAGUGUACCUAGAUACAGAAUUUCUUACAACCAAAUGAACCAAACAUUGUGGUACUGAACGGUUUGGUUUGAAAUUUACGAAUCGAAGAUUGCCCAUCUAAACUAUAUUCAGCAGGAUUGUUUCUUAAUAACACAUGUACCUAACUUGAUUUUCUUAAUUAUAUGAAUAUAAAUAUUUUAUAGGAAUCUCAAACGAUAAUAUAUAAAUAUAUAUUAUAUAAUAUAUAAACGAUAAAAGUGAUAAAAUACACCCACAAUACACAUAAAAACUAACGUAGAAAGUCUGUUAUGUGAGUGGGUAAAACCUUGGUUUACCACCCACUUCUUAUCCUGAUGAAAUUUCUCAUACAUAAUAAAACACCGAAAGGAGGUAACGGAUAGGAUGGGGUAGGUAUUCAAAGGCACCUACCCUAACCCAACCCAAACUCACCUAACCAACCCUAAUCAGAACUGAUGCAGAUUGAAAAGGCUGACCAGUGUUCUCGAGGUCUUUCUCCUGGAUCGGAAUGGAUGCGAGCUUGUUCAGAGCAACAGACACAAUUAAAGUUGGACGAAUCUCCUGCGGUUCGUUAUCAUCAUUGUCAUUAUCUUUACUUUCCGCAUCGUUGGUGAUAACAUAACGGCAUCAUCAGUGCUAAAUGCUCAGUGGUACGUCGUCUUCUUCGUUAAAAUAAUCUGCGUUUGAAGUUGUGAUACAUUUUACAUUACUGUGGACAAAACCAGCGGAUAUACAGAUAGAAACAACAUAGUUAUACUUCUCUAGUAUUCAAUAUGGGAAUGUGCAGGACAAUUGUCAACUAACAGCAGGUUUUUUGUUAUUUCCGUAAGUUCAGGAUACCAUCCAGACGCGCCGGUCUCAUCUACAUUAAAAAUUUCAUCUUUAAAUUGCGCACGUGGAGCAAAACAAACUUUUUCUAACCAAUUACUCUCUUGAACUGAUAAAGACUUGCCACCAAUAUUAUCAGUGACGAUGUUGUGUUUUACUUUAAUUAGCCAUCUCACGAAAUAUGUGAAAUUUUGCUCGCUUAAACUUGUAGCAGAGGUGCGUUAACUGGUAUUCCCUGGUCGUGUUGAAGCUUGAACCACUGUAGGAAUGAUUUAUCCACCUAUUUAUCGCAUAAAACGAUUAACAAUGAAGGCAAUACAGACGGUAGCUUUUGACGGGCAGUCAUCACUGAUACAAACGAAUACAGAGAAAAUAGAAGCUCAUAACUAGGAUUUUAACAUAACCUGUUAUUUAUCACGAGAGAUAAGGAUAGUACAUUGUCAGUAUUUGAUGUUGAGUUAUUGGGUUACUUUAGUUUUCUUUUCAAAUUAUUUUCGCAUAGAUCACUCAACUAAUUCUAGUAGUUACCACAUUAAAUACGGUCUCUGGUGUCAAUGUGGGUUAUAUUUCGUUAAUAUCGUAUUUAUGAGAUUCUAUGGGCUCUGUAUUCGUUGCUAUGGUAUAUUUAUAUCCCAUUAAAGCAACGGUAGAUAGUGAAAAAAUAAUGAGUAGUUUUUUGUAUCACUGAAUUGAAUCUGGAAACAAGAAAAUUAAAAACAAAAUGAAGUGAUUUGUGGGUUUUUUCUAUUAGACUCUAUUUCGUUUUGAUCUGAUAAAUUUGUAAUAAGACAAACUAUAACGUAUGGUUAGAUAACAACAACAUGUAUA